CCAGGAUCCUGUAGUUCGUGGCUUCUAGGUACCGCUUUUUGAAGUUUCGGCCGUCAGCGGGAUGCUUCCUGUGCUUGUCGAUUGCUUUCUUGAACCCAGGGGGUCCCCCCUUGCCGUCACUGAUUUUCAAAGGUGCAACUCUGCAAAGCUUUCUGCAGCGGCCGCAGCAAUCAUGGCAGUCAAUGGCGACGGCCAAGCUGGCAUUGGCAGCUCAACAGCCUGUGACUACAAGAGCCCGCGGACGUGAAGCCUGGCGGGGCCGCGACGACUUCCCUGUUUGUGCAGCCAGCCUGCAGACGGGGGUAUUUCUGCAGAGCAAAAGCAGCAUUAUCCUGCAAGCAUGACUUCCGUCGGCGCUAUGUCCUCAGAACAGACUGAAGACAAAGCAGCUCAUGAUCCUGCAGCAUCUACUAUGGAUCUUCGAAAUGACAAAAGGAGCCGCAGGAGUAGGGGCGGCGCGGGGUUGUACUUUGCAGGUUUUCUGCUUGUCAUCUUCCUGAUAUAUUCGAUAUAUCUUUUCUCAGCGUUCCUGGUCUUCUACAAUCAUCCAUCGGUCUCCAUGAACCAGAAUGAGGACAGCGAAUUUCGGGCUCCCGUCAUCUCGGCUUGCUCUUUCGAGGGCCCUUCGAGCAUUCCCCUGGACUAUGGCUACUUGAAGAUGUUCUACUCGUCAAGCCGAUACUUCUUCUUCAACUUUGGACCAAACUACCAGCGAGCAAGAGCGGAAGGAAAAUUUCCGGACUUCUACGAACGCAACAACAUCUCGGGGGACCGCAACAGUACGACCGUUCAAACAGGCUCGCCUGCAUCAGCUGACACGAGGAUCAGCACUUUCUACUGGUUGCAACCGAGCAACCUCGUUAGAAGCUCCGCCGGCGAGCCCGUCACUCCCCCACAAUCGUGGUGUAUCGUCUACUUCCCCAACCAAUUAAGACGGCGCACAACGGACCCGGAGCAAAUACUGCAGCCCCACGUGUCACUAGACUUUUCGCUGUCGUUUGGGGGACACGUGACGAACGACGUCAGGAACCUCAAGCCCCCAAAGGUCCUCCACUGGCAGUUCAAUGACUACCCGACCAACUCAUCCAACGACACUGCACAAGCAGACCUCCUCGCGGAUUUGCAGCACAGCGUAGACUUGAGCACGAGAAGCUUAUCAUCGUUGACCAAUGAGGAGAAACGUUCGUUGUACACAGCCCAAGGCCACGGGUUUGCGAAGCUGGUGGUUGGGAACUCGACGCAUGUCCUGGCGCUGAAGAAGAAUAAGCAAACGAGAAUCAAGUCCAAGCUAUGGCUGUUCGUCGGCUUUGGGGCAACAACCGAGCGAACGUUCUACACCAUCUCGUCAAUGUCGACCCUGAACCAAGUCGAGCCCCCUUUACCAGGCGUCGACGCUGCGACCGUUCAGAUGAGCCUACUUCGAGACAGCAACGACAUUUCCAUGCUAAGAGAACGGAGCCCUACGGUUGACAUCAUCUCCAAUAUCGGUGGUGCGUGGAACUUUGUUCCACUCGCGUACUGGGUCGCCGCUAUUUUGUUUGGCUUUCACCUCCGGAAUCUGACUGACGUGUUCGGUGACGUGGGAACAUGGGGCAAGCAAUUCUUCUUCACGUCACCCGAGCGGCCACUCGAGCAGACCGACGCGGAUAAUGGCGCGGAAAUAUCCCGCGGCUCGAAGUUGUUUGAUAGCUUCUCAACUAUGUCCGUAGAGUCCGAGCAGAAUGAGGUCGCUGAGACGCCAAAUAGCGUCUCGGAUAGAAGUGCGCCGCCAGUCAGAUCGUCGGAUGCUCAUCCGGUUGACAACGUAUAAGCGUCUACGAUUGGGUGCACCUCUAAACACCAGCGUAAAGAUUCGAUUCACCAUGAAGUCUAAAGUUCACAGAAGGCGUGAAUCAUCAAGCGCCAGAUACAGAAAGGCCCGAUCGAUUCGGGUUCAUUACAAAUAUUUUUAAAGGCUGCCUGGAGUCGAGGUAGUUAGACACAAUCGAAUCAGG